AUGGGAUGCUGCCCAGGGGACUGCUUCACCUGCUGCCCGCAAGAACAAGGCUGCUGUGAAGUGUGCUGCUGCCAGCCUGCCUGCUGCAGCUGCUGCGGCUCCUGCUGCGGCUCCUGCUGCGGCUCCUGCUGCGGCUCCUGCUGUGGCUCCUGCUGUGGCAGCUCUGGGUGUGGAGGCUGUGGCUGCAGCGGAGGCUGCUGUGGAUCUUCUUGCUGUGACUCGGACUGCGGGGGAGGCUGCGGAGGCUGUGGAGGAGGCUGCUGUGGGAGCUGCUGUGGCUCCAGCUGCUGUGGCUCAUCGGGGUGCUGUGGCCCUGUGUGCUGCCAGCCCAUGCCUGUAUGUGACACGAAAUGA